AAUUGAAUUCAAAGAGUGUUACCUUAUCCACCUAGUAUGCACCCCACCACACGCAUGAUGCACCAAACCAUCCCCUCGAUGCAGAUCGAGCACACCACCGGCGGCCAACACCUCGCCCGCCGGCCUCUCGCUGUUAGACCCAUCUCCAGCCCCCCAUCACCCAAUGGUCUCCGUGCCCCGUCCCCUCCGCAGGCCCGCCGGCGCCAACCACCACCUCCCCCGCCGUUCCCGGCGCCGUCGUGCGGCACACUCUCUCCAAGGUGGAGGAGGGCGUGGAGGUCGGGCAGCUCAUGGAGAAGAUGGUCGCGACCACCAGGGACGCCAGCGAAGCCCAGGUCAGCUUCGGGGAGGACUUCUCCCCCACGCGAGCCAAGGGGUACCUGUUCGGGAUGGUGACCGUGUUCGGCAGUGUCGAGGAGCUGGACGCCGUGGAGGGCGACGGCAAGGUGGAGGAGGCCAAGGCUGCACUCAGGCCCAUGCUCGACGAGGUCAUGGUGCUCGACUUCGUCGUUGACGCUCCGACGGCCGCGAACCUCUGAUUCUGACCCGGGGUUCCGGGUUGAUUUAGGAUCCCAUUGUGCUCUUAGUUAAUUGGGGGAAUAAUUGACUCCUCCUCUGUGAUAUUUGUAUCAAUAAUUAGAUGAAUAACAACCAAUUGCUAUC